AUGAGCUCCGUACAGGACAGCGCUGAUUCUUUUGACUUCUCUCGCUAUCAGUCCCCUCGUCCCGAAACCCCCGAGCCGGACUCGCGUCAGGGACGUCGCAAUGCGCAAGACGUGCAAUUGCUAGAUGAAGAUGGAGCGAUCUCCGAACAGCUUGAACAGUGUCUCAAACACAUUUUCGCGAAAUACUGCACCCCGCCCUGUCCGUUCGCUAACGACAGCCACCGGGAUUCAAUUCUCCUUACGCCACCUGAUGGCGCAGUGCUCAAUCGGGAAGGCUUAGAUGCAUGGGCACGGGAUACAAACGGACAACCGUUUUCUCAGGAGACAAUAGACGAACUGACGGAAUUUCUUGAUGUAACUGACGACGGACAACUCACGUAUAAGGGUUUUCUGCAAAUAUAUCAAUUGCAGACCGAAAAUGACGAAGAGGAGACGUGGCGAGAUCUAUCGAGUCACGGAUUCGACCGCCGACUGCGACUAGUCGCCACGCGGCGUGAGGAUAUGGAGUAA